GACGAGGGGCGCUGUGUUGCCGCUGCCGGGGAGCCGCCGGCCGGAGCAGAGGAGAGGCGAGGGGGGAGGGGAGGGGAGCCGCAGCCCGGAGCAGGGCCCAAGGCAUGGUGCCCGCCGCCACCGCGGGGGGAGGCAGCUCCUGGCGCUAGGGCACCGUCCGGGGCACGCAGCAUGGUCCGGGAAACCAGGCACCUCUGGGUGGGCAACUUACCGGAGAAUGUGCGCGAGGAGAAGAUCAUCGAGCACUUCAAGCGAUAUGGACGUGUUGAAAGUGUCAAAAUACUCCCUAAAAGGGGGUCAGAAGGUGGAGUGGCAGCGUUUGUGGAUUUUGUGGACAUCAAAAGUGCGCAGAAGGCACACAACUCUGUCAACAAAAUGGGAGAUAGAGACCUACGGACGGAUUAUAAUGAACCAGGAACCAUUCCGAGUGCAGCUCGGGGAUUGGAUGAUACAGUUUCCAUAGCGUCUCGUAGUAGAGAGGUUUCUGGGUUCAGAGGAGGUGGUGGGGGACCGACUUAUGGCCCCCCACCAUCACUUCAUGCACGGGAAGGACGUUAUGAGCGGAGACUUGAUGGGGCUUCAGAUAACAGGGAGCGUGCUUAUGAACAUAGUGCCUAUGGACACCAUGAACGGGGGACGGGAGGAUUUGAUCGGACAAGACAUUACGAUCAGGAUUACUAUAGAGAUCCUCGAGAGCGGACUUUACAACAUGGGCUCUAUUAUACUUCUCGGAGUCGAAGUCCAAACCGUUUUGACGCUCAUGACCCCCGUUACGAACCUAGGGCCCGGGAGCAGUUUACAUUGCCCAGUGUGGUACACAGGGAUAUCUACAGGGAUGAUAUUACGCGGGAGGUACGAGGCAGAAGGCCAGAACGGAAUUACCAGCACAGCAGGAGUCGGUCACCACAUUCGUCCCAAUCUAGGACCCAGUCUCCUCAGAGAUUGGCUAGCCAAGCAUCUAGACCCACAAGGUCCCCUAGCGGCAGCGGUUCUAGGAGUAGAUCUUCAAGUAGCGAUUCAAUCAGCAGCAGCAGUAGUACCAGCAGUGACAGUAGUGACUCCAGCAGCAGUUCAAGUGAUGAGUCCCCAGCACGGUCGGUUCAGUCUACAGCAGUUCCAGCACCCACAUCCCAGCUGCUUCCAUCUCUGGAGAAAGAUGAGCCCCGUAAAAGUUUUGGGAUCAAGGUUCAAAAUCUUCCAGUACGCUCAACAGACACAAGCCUUAAGGAUGGACUUUUCCACGAGUUCAAGAAAUACGGGAAGGUGACAUCCGUACAGAUUCACGGGGCCUCUGAGGAGCGGUAUGGACUGGUGUUCUUCCGCCAGCAGGAGGACCAGGAAAAAGCACUGAAUGCAUCAAAAGGAAAGCUGUUCUUUGGCAUGCAGAUCGAAGUGACAGCCUGGGUAGGACCAGAAACAGAAAGCGAGAAUGAAUUUCGCCCUUUGGAUGAAAGGAUAGAUGAAUUCCACCCCAAAGCAACACGAACUCUCUUCAUUGGGAACCUGGAAAAAACCACAACCUAUCAUGACCUUCGCAACAUAUUUCAGCGCUUUGGUGGGAUAGUGGAUAUCGACAUCAAGAAAGUAAAUGGAGUUCCUCAAUAUGCAUUCCUGCAGUACUGCGAUAUUGCAAGUGUGUGUAAAGCAAUUAAGAAGAUGGAUGGAGAAUACCUUGGAAAUAACCGACUCAAGCUGGGUUUUGGAAAGAGCAUGCCUACAAACUGCGUGUGGUUAGAUGGUCUUUCUACAAACGUUACGGAUCAGUAUUUAACCCGACAUUUCUGCCGAUACGGGCCUGUGGUAAAGGUGGUGUUUGACCGCUUAAAAGGCAUGGCCCUGGUUCUCUACAAUGAAAUUGAAUAUGCACAAGCAGCUGUAAAAGAGACCAAGGGGAGGAAAAUCGGUGGGAAUAAAAUUAAGGUGGAUUUUGCAAACCGAGAGAGUCAGUUGGCAUUUUAUCAUUCCAUGGAGAAAACAGGUCAAGAUAUCAGAGACUUUUAUGAAAUGCUGGCAGAAAGAAGAGAUGAAAGAAGAGGAUCUUACGAAUAUGCCCCUGAUCGUACUUACUAUGAGACUGUUAGAACUCCAGGGACGUAUCCUGAAGAUCCUCGGAGAGAAUACCCAGCACGAGGCCGAGAAUUUUAUGCAGAAUGGGAUCCUUAUCAAGGAGACUACUACGACCCACGAUAUUAUGAUGAUCCACGAGAAUACAGGGAAUACAGAGGAGAUCCUUAUGAACAAGAUAUAAGGGAGUACAGUUAUAGACAACGAGAACGGGAGAGGGAGCGGGAGCGAUUUGAAUCUGAUCGGGACAGAGAUCAUGAAAGGAGGCCAAUAGAGCGCAGCCAAAGUCCGACUCAUUCCAGGCGUCCGCAGAGCCCUGGAGCGUCUCCCUCCCAAUCAGAAAGGCUUCAGAGUGAUUCUGAAAGGAGGAUCUACAGCAGAUCUUCAGACCGCAGCGGGAGCUGUAGCUCGCUUUCUCCUCCAAGAUACGAUAAGCUUGACAAAGCCCGUGUAGAACGUUAUGCAAAAAAUGAGAAACCUGAUAAAGAGCGUGCUUUUGACCAAGAGAGAGUUGACAAAGACAAACGCUUGGUGAGGAAGGAGAAACCAGAAAAACUAGAAAAAGAUAAAACAGAGAAGCAAAAACGAAAACCAAAAAACCAUUCGCCAAGCUCUCAGUCUUCUGAAACAGAUCCAGAAAAUGAGAGAGAGCCAAGCCCUGAAAAACUGAAGGGCAAUACUAAACAGAGUAAAGAGAGAGCUGACAAAGAAGGGACAGCUAAAAACCGUCUGGAACUAAUGCCGUGCGUUGUGUUGACCCGAGUGAAAGAAAAGGAAGGGAAAGUUAUUGAUCAGCCUCUAGAGAAACCGAGAGCAAAGCUUGAUAAUGACACUAUCAAGUCUCCACUUGAACAAAAAAUCCAGACAUCUCAAGUGGAGCAAACAAAGUCUGACCAGUCUAAACUGGAGCCUGUCAGAACUAAAGUGCCAAAAGAAAAGGUGCUUGCCAGUCAUGUAGAAGUGGUUGACAGGGAGGGAAAACUAAAGCCCAAGAAACACCUGAAGACAGAGCAGACUUCUGAAGGGGCAAAUGCAGUAGAUCUAGACAAAUUAGAGGCUCGUAAGAGACGUUUUGCUGAUGGAAACAUGAAACCUGACAGGCAAAAACUGGAAGUUAAAAGAAGCAGCCAAGAUGAGGAAGAUGCCCGCAUGGUCUUGAAAAAGCAAACUGAUACGACAGCUUCAUCUAGAGAAGUUACAGUGUUAAGGGAAGGAGAGCUGGAAAGAAAGCCCUUGAGGAAAGAGAUACUUAAAAGGGAAUCUAAAAAAAUAAAACUGGAAAGACUUAUUACUGUUACCAGUCCCAAAGAUACUCAGGAGCCUGCUAACAUUUCAGUGGGGAUUGGCUCGCGUCCCAGUUCAGAUCUGCAGGCAAGGCUAGGAGAACCAGUUGAUGAACUGAUGGAAACGCAAGACAUCUCUUUGAAAAAGUUGAAUCUGAUAAAACAACACAAGCAAAUACACCUAUUAGAUGACCAAGGAACAGAGAGAGAGGACAUGAGGAAAAACUAUUGUCUUCCUGAAGAGAUGCCUGACCAUAAACUUGGCCAAGAAAAACUACAAUCAGCUGAGUCGGAGGAAAAAAUCGGCAUUGAUAUUGAUCACACGCAAAGUUACAGAAAACAAAUGGAGCAAAGCCGCAGGCUAAAACAGCAGAAGGAAAUGGAGAUGGCAAAUUCUGAGAAGUUUGGCAGUCCAAAGAAAGAUAUAGAUGAAUAUGAAAGGCGUAGCCUGGUCCAUGAGGUGGGCAAACCCCCACAAGAUGUCACAGAUGACUCUCCGCCAAGUAAAAGAAAAAAGACUGAUCACUUUGACUUUGAAAUUAGCACUAAAAGAGAGAGGAAUUACAGAAGCUCUCGUCAGGUGAGCGAAGAUUCGGAAAGGACUGCAUGUUCUCCUAGCAUCCGACACUUUCCUCUUCAUGAGGAUGACGACAUAUUAGAUUCCCCAAGGCUAAUGCCAUUAAAAGAAACGAAAGAGUCACCUAAAAUAGAAGAGAAGGGUCUUUCGUAUGCUAAUAUGACAGUGAGGGAAGAUUCCCUAAAAUUUAAUCCCUAUGAUUCCAGCAGAAGGGAGCAGAUGACAGAAAUGGCUAAAAUAAAGCUAUCUGUACUGAAUGCUGAAGAUGAAUCAAAUCGAUGGGAAUCGCAAGUGAAACAAGAGCCAGGAACAAGAGUCGAUAUCAGUUUCCCAAGCAGCAUAGUUAAAAGAGACAGCAUACGAAAGCGAUCCGUACGGGACCUGGAGCCAGGGGAGGUCCCUUCGGAUUCGGAUGAAGACAGCGAAAAUAAGCCCCGGUCUCCUAAGGCCUCGUCAUUAUUGGAGAGCUCCAGGUUAUCUUCUUUAUUGAGAGACAGAGAAGAGAAAAUACGUGAAAGAGAGGAAAGGUUGUCAACGUCUUUAGAAAGAAACAAAUUUUAUUCCUUUGCAUUGGACAAGACAAUCACGCCGGAUACAAAAGCCUUACUGGAAAGAGCUAAAUCUCUCUCUUCAUCUAGAGAAGAAAACUGGUCUUUUCUAGACUGGGACUCAAGAUUUGCUAGUUUUAGAAAUAAUAAAGACAAAGAGAAAGUUGACUCUGCUCCAAGGCCUAUUCCAUCAUGGUAUAUGAAAAAGAAAAAAAUUAGGACUGAUUCAGAAGGAAAACUGGAUGAUAAAAAAGAGGAUCACAAAGAAGAGGAGCAGGAGAGGCAAGAAUUGUUUGCUUCUAGGUUUUUACAUAGCUCAAUCUUUGAACAAGAUUCGAAGCGCCUGCAGCAUUUGGAAAGAAAAGACGAUGAUUUUGACUUCAUUCGAUUGUAUGGGAGACAGACAUCUUUGGAUGGGACUAAUAGUGGCUCUGAUAUGGUCCAAGAGCCUGUGGUUCUUUUCCACAGUCGAUUUAUUGAGCUCACCCGAAUGCAGCAGAAGGAAAAGGAGAAAGAUCAAAAACCGAAAGAAGCAGAAAAGCAGGAGGAUAAAGAAAACCGGCCCAAGACACCAGAAACUGAGGAUAAAGAAUCAGAGCUGAAGCCUUCAUCCGUAGUCGGACCUUCUUCAGUCACAACUGUACCCCAGGAACCAGCCCCAGCUGUACCGGAGAAGACAGCAAAUGAGAAAAUAGUGGUGGAUAUUACCUCUGCAAGAGAAGAAAGGCCAGCUGAACCUACACCUGCAGCAGAAGAACCCAAACCUCUUCCUGAACUGACUGCACCCAUCAAAACUGAACCACCUGAGCAAACUGAGCCUCCACCUGCCGUGGAGGUUAAUAAAGAUGUUGUUCCUACGGCUCUAGCUUCUGAGGAAGAUGCUGUAUCUACAGAGCAUCCGUCAUAUUUGGAUACAAAACCUCCUACACCAGGUGCUUCAUUUUCACAAGCAGACAUCAAUAUAGACCCAGAACCUGAAACUCCACAGUCGGUUCCACCACCGCCUCCCAAAGUCCUUCAGAAGUCUGAAGAGUCUAGUGAACCUAAAGAGGAAAAUGCUCUCCCUGCUGCUAACACUGACCCUCCUGCCAGCCAGAAAGUAGAGGUAGUUGUGGAGGCCGUGCCCUCGGUGGUCUCUGACAAUGACAUGGAAGUUGAACCUCCGGUUGUGGUAAAAGAUAAAAAAUCCUACAAAAGUAAACGCUCUAAGACUCCGGUGCAGUCAGCCGCAGCUAAUGUCAUGGAAAAGCCGGUCACAAGGAAAAGUGAAAGGAUAGACCGUGAAAAACUCAAAAGAUCAACCUCUCCUCGUGGGGAAGCGCAGAAACAUUUAGAAAUUAAAGUCGAGCCAGAAAAAGUUUCUAGGAAUGCUGCUAAAUCUCCCAGUGCUGCUGCCGAGCCAGAAAAUGUAGAGCCGAGCUUGCCUGUAGGUCGGACUAGACGCAGAAAUGUCAGAUCAGUUUAUGCUACCACGGGAGACAACGAAGGGCCGUCCCCAGUGAAGGAUUCAGUAGAAGUAACUAGGUCUACCAGAAAAAGAGUGGAAAAGGAACCACAGGAAACUGUCACGACUGUUCCUACUACGCCCAGAAGGGGACGGCCUCCAAAAUCACGCCGAAAGCCUGAAGAAGACAUCUCUCCAAUCAAGGUGGAACCAGUACAGCAAGAGGCAGAUGAGAAUGAAACUAAGGAGGCUGUAGAAACCCCUAAGCCGGCAGAAGGAUGGAGGUCCCCUCGGUCCCAGAAACUUGCACACGGUCAUUCCACGGCGGCGAGCGGUCAGCAAGGGAAAAAAGGGAAGAAUGAACCCAAGGCUGAUAUUGCGGUAGAACCGGAAGAUGCUGCCGAAACAGCUGGUCAGGAAUCCAACGUUAGUGAAAGCAGCAAUAAAUCCAAAACAGCGGACAAAGAAGUAGCAGCGAGUGACCAGAAGCGGGACAGAAAAGAACUUGAAGCAGAUAAAAAUCCAGUAGAAACCCCCACUGUUGAGAUUGUAGAGAAAAAGCCUGUUGCCGAAAAGGCUCCUAAAUCCAAAAGGGGAAGAUCUAGAAAUGCCAAGACCGUAGAUAAAGCGCCUUUGUGUCUGAAGAAUGUAGAAAUCCGCCUCAACAUUGAUGAAGUCAAAGGUGCCUUGCGGCCAAGCGAAGAGGAGGCAGAGCCUGCAGUGGUGUCGCCCACAAAAAUCAAGAGCCCACCAAAGGAGGAAAAUGUGUCGCCCCAUUUUGUAAAGAGUGAGCUAGAAAACCCAUUCCCAGACGCAGAAAAAGAAGCUGUGCGAGAGCCAAAGCAUUCGCCAGAGGCUGCUCAGUUGGCAAAGCAGAUUGAACUCGAGCAAGCAGUGGAGCACAUUGCAAAGCUCACUGAAACACCAACCAUUGCUGCCUACAAAGAACAGGCAGCCGACGUGUCUGAAGUCCGUCAGGAGGAGGAAGGUGAUAAGCCUGCACAUCAGGCGAGUGAAACAGAACUGGCAGCUGCUAUUGGAUCCAUCAUCAAUGAUUUUUCUGGAGAGACAGAAAACUUUCCUGCCCCCCCAACUUACCCUGCUGAAUCAGAGUCUGAGAUAGCUGCAGAGCCCUUGGUCCUACCACUGCCUCGGGGAGAAAUGGAGCCGGAAACGGAUCUGGCAGUGAACAAUAUCUUGGAAACAGAAGCUGCUGUUGAGCCCCCUGCACAGCCGGUCCCUGGCUCCACGCCGUCCACAGCAGAGACAGACAGCAAGGAGCCGGAAGUGAGCUUCAGUGAAUCUUCCAAUUCUGCCCAGGAAGCUGAAACGCUGCAGGAAGCUGAGGUUUCUCGGAAGGACAGAGGUCGUCAAAAGGCCACUCGGCAGAGACGUAAAAGGAGCACGAGCAAAAAGGGGGAUACGGCUGAAGUCAAUGUUUUUGAGCCUGAACGGGUACCAAGUAAAUCUCCCAUUGCCAAUGAAGUUAAGGCAAUACCUGAGGAAAUCUUGAAAGAUGAAAAGCAAAACAAGACCUCUGUUCAGGUUCCUGCAGACCCGAGUGCUUCCGAUGCUGCCAAAGCUGCGGCCGGGGAUGCAAUUGCACACGAAACCGUAACGGAGAGCAGUGCCCCACCUAAAGCUGCUGCUGCUGCUGCUCCUCUAGACCUGCCCUCUCCGCCUGUCCCUGUGGAUGAUGUGAGCCAAACUGGCUUCAAGCUGCGGUCGGCUGCUGAAAACCCACCCCCGCCUUCCCGCAGUGCUCCAAACCCAGCCGUUCCUCCAGUGCCACCUGUACCUGCAGGAAAAGUACCGACCCCUGUACCGGCUGGGGUAGUUCCUCUCCAUUCCACUACCACCAAGGUGUCAGAAUGGAUCGUCAGGCAUGACGAUUCCCGUGCUCGUUCCACCCCACCGCCAGCUCUCCCCCCUGAUACUAAAGCAUCCGAUAUCGACACCAGUUCAAGCACUUUGAGGAAGAUACUCAUGGAGCCAAAGUACUCCUCGGCAGCAAGCAUCACUUCUACCCACGUUACAACCUCCAUUGCUGAGCCAGUGAGCACAUCGCGUUUGGAGGAGGCACCUCCUCAUCCUGCAGUAGAGGCCAUAAAACCAGUGUCAGAAGAAAAACCAGCGGUUCCUGUCACCAACACGUUGGAUCCCCCAGUAGCAGAGGCACCAGUUUUUAGUGAGAAAGAAAAGAUAAGUACUGUAAUUGCUCCCAAAGCUACUUCCGUUAUAAGCAGAAUGCCGCAUAGUGUUGAUCUAGAGGAGACUCCGAGGAUCACGUUGAUGAAACAAGCCCCCCAAACCCAGACGUGUCUAGUCAAUGCCCCUUCUCCAAAGUACAAGCAGAAGAUAAGCACAAAUGACAACAGCAGGUUUCAUCCGGGUUCUAUGUCUGUUAUUGAAGACAGGCCAGUAGAGACUGGAUCCAGCCCCGGUCUGCGAGUGAACACGUCAGAGGGUGUUGUACUUCUCAGUUAUUCAGGACAGAAGACCGAAGGCCCCCAGCGGAUUAGCGCAAAGAUCAGUCAGAUUCCCCCAGCCAGCGCGGUGGAUAUAGAAUUUCAGCAGUCUGUAUCCAAGUCGCAGAUUAAACAAGAGCCUAUUACUCCAUCUCAGCCCACACCGAAAGGUUCCCAAACUCCUACAGGGUAUGGAAAUGUCUCCACCCACUCUUCUUUGGUACUAGGAACACAAGCAUAUAAUACAUCCCCUGUGAUCUCCUCUGUUAAGCAAGAACGCAGUACCUUGGAGAAAUCUGAAUCGGGCCACCUUUCUGUGCAGGCUCCAGCUUCUCAGUCGGGGCCAGUGAAAGUCCUCUCCCAGACCGUAAACACUCCGCCUGUACUGGUUCACAAUCAGAUGGUACUCUCACAAAAUGUAGCUUCCACCAACAAAAAGCUUCCUGAUCCAACUGCUCUGAAAGUGGAGACUAAAUCUCUUCAGUCAUCCAACUUGAGCCCUGGGGUUAGUCCUCAUCAUCCUUCCCUGUCUGGUAAAAUGCAUUCAGAGGCCAACCAUGUCAGCUCAGGACCCAGCACCCCAACGGAUCGGGCCAUUUCUCAUUUGGGGGUUGCGAAACAAGAGCCCCAUUCCCCACGUACCAGUGGACAUUCUCCUUCUCCAUUUCCGCGGGCUUGUCAUCCUGGCAGUACAUCCUCUCCUGCUUUGUCUAGUAGUACCUCCGUCAUGCUGGCUCCGGGAAUUCCUGUGCCUCAAUACAUAUCCAGUAUGCACCCUGAGCAAUCUGUUAUAAUGCCCCCUCACAGUGUAACGCAGACUGUAUCCCUUGGCCAUCUGUCCCAAGGUGAAGUGAGAAUGAACACCCCUCCUCUGCCUGGUAUAUCUUACGGCAUCCGCCCAGAAACGCUCCACUCUCCCAGAGCAGCUCUGCAGUCUCAGAUGGAAAUCAGACCUCAGCGAUCCAGCACACCUCAGCCAGCUCCGAUAAGAGACAUAGUCAUGCCUCCGCUGUCUUCUCAACAUCCCCCGGAAGAUGAGAUGCACUUCCAUCACAGCGUGUGCCGAGGGUCUGCCCCCGUGCAGUCCGAUGUGCUUGUCAUGCAGCCGGACUACCGCAUGCAUCCGACAAGUAUUCGACUUGACCAGUACAACGUGGCUCGGGACGUGAGAAUGAUGAUGCACUCGCACAUGGCGGCAGUGGGCGACCACCACCCCGAAACGAGACAGUCGAGAACACCAGACGGCUCUGUGAAAACUCCGCCGGUAAGCAAGACUCCGCAGCCUGGAAAAGAUGCGCCCAAGACGUCUGAUGUGAAAAUGGCUCACUCUCCACACAACGAGCCUCGCCUUCUCAGCGUCCCUCCCAGCAGCCAGCUGUUGACGCAGCCGGUGGUGGUACCUCAUGGUGUACAGAUCAUGCACCCAACGGGAAGUUCCUUUCAUGAUUACCGACCAGUGUAUGGUGACAUGAGGAACUACCAUACAGCAGCCCAGCUCGGUCAUCCUCAGUUCCCCGGUGCCUCGCCAAUUGGGCUGCCUUCCCGGAGCAUGACCCCAUCUCAGGGUCUGUCGGAAGGUGAGCACUCGCACCCCGGUCAGCCAGUGCGCAGCAAAACUCCUCAGAUUUCCCAGGACUCCAAGGGGCCACAGGCAGCCGGACCUGAGCAGACCCACCACACCACUGUAAAUAGGCAUGCAGCACAGAUAGAUCCUCACAUACAUCUUCAGAGGGCACAGGCAGAUACAGGCCAGACCUCCUACCCUUCACCUGUUGCCAUUUCAUUGAAACAGGAGCUUCCAUCACCGCACCAGCCUCAGGCAGUUCCGAAGCAGUCUUUGUUCAUCCCUACAACUUCAGGCCCUGGAGCCCCACCAGGCCUGCCGCUGACCCGCCCUGAACCCCAGUCUGCUCUGAAACAGGAUCCUUCUCUUCACCCGGUUUCUCAGAGACCUGUGGAUAUGGUUCAGCUCUUAACGAAAUACCCAAUUGUGUGGCAGGGCCUCCUGGCGCUGAAGAACGACACCGCUGCGGUUCAGCUCCACUUUGUCUCCGGGAACAACGUCUUGGCACACCGGUCCCUGCCGGCACCCGAAGGAGGCCCUCCUCUGAGAAUUGCUCAGCGCAUGCGUCUAGAGGCUUCACAGUUGGAGGGUGUAGCACGCAGAAUGAUGGUGGAGAGUGAUUACUGCCUGUUACUGGCCUUGCCUUGUGGACGAGACCAGGAAGACGUAGUGAGUCAGACGGAGUCACUUAAGGCUGCAUUCAUUAGCUACCUGCAGGCUAAACAAGCUGCAGGAAUCAUCAAUGUUCCCAACCCCGGCUCUAAUCAGCCUGCCUACGUUCUGCAGAUAUUCCCACCCUGUGAAUUCUCUGAAAACCACCUGUCCCGUCUAGCUCCAGACCUCCUAGCCAGCAUCUCCAACAUCUCUCCUCACCUUAUGAUUGUCAUUGCAUCGGUAUGAGCUGUUUACUGGUUACUGACUUUUCCAAGGCCCUGCAGCAAAAAAAACCCAACAAAAAACAAAAAAAGAGGAAAAAAAUAAAGGAAAAAGAGAGAGAGAGAGAGAGAGAGAGAGACGAAUGAACCAAGAAAAUGCUGCCAGACUACCAGCCUCCU